AUGCACAUUGUCAACUGCAAUCUCUUUAAAGUAAUGCCAAGAGGAGCAGGUUUUGAAAACUACAAGGGGUCCACUUGAAAUCCAGUCCUUGAGAGAAGACUUUUGGGAUGCAUUUGCAUUGAAAUCCUUUAUUCCCUUUCCUCAGUAGUUCUUAAACACACCUAAUUGGAAGUAAGCCCCACUAAAUUGAAUGCGACUUACAGAAUUGCGGUCUGGGCAGAAGAGGCAUUGGUUUACGCUGGAGAAAAGACAGAGCAUCAUUCUAUUUAUAUGAUUCUGAUCCUGCCCCUUCCUUCAGUGACCUCACAUGGAGAGGGGCUUAAUCCAUUUUGCAUUCACAACAAACCUGCGAGAGACUGAAAAAUGGUCAUUCAUGCAACAUCCUAACGAGUAGGGAUUUGAACCCAGAACUCACUGGCCCAAGAGUUCUGUCAGCCUCCCAUUUCUCCCCCCCCCUCCACCAUGUGUGUACCCCUCAGGCUGACGUUUUAAAACAUAUGUUCCGGUGUGCUGUGGCUUCCUUGGAGCAUCUUGCUAUGGAGAGAGUACGUUGGGCCUUUUCCUGUGGCACAUGGGUCCCUUGCCGUGAGGAUUGGUUGCUGUCCAUGCGCCUCAUACAGCCUGAAGAGAGAGAGCGCAUCGAACAGUUUGUCUUCCGCCGCGAUGCCAAGGCUGCAGUGGCUGGCCGUCUGCUGAUAAGAAAAUUAAUUGCAGAGAAGCUGAAGAUUCCCUGGAACAAAAUAAAGUUACAAAGGACUUCAAAAGGCAAACCUGUCCUUGCAAAUGACUUAAGCAGUGCCCAUUCCAGCUUCAGCUUUAAUGUUUCCCAUCAAGGGAAUUAUGCUGUUCUUGCCGCCGAGCCUGACUGUCAAGCUGGCAUUGAUGUUAUGAAGACGAGCAUGCCAGGGAGUGGUUCAAUUCCAGACUUCUUUCGAAUUAUGAAGCGGCAGUUUACAGAGGAAGAGUGGAGAGCAAUCAAGUCCAUGAACAGUGAAUGGCUUCAGUUGGAUAUGUUUCAUAGGCACUGGGCACUAAAAGAGAGCUUUAUAAAAGCCAUUGGUGUCGGGAUAGGUUUUGACCUUCAGAGGAUUGAGUUUAAUGUAUCCCCACUGCAACUGGAAGUGGGGAAAACGUAUAAGGAGACAGUUAUGCUCUUGGAUGGUGAAGAAGAAAAGGAAUGGAGUUUUGAGGAAACACGGCUAGAUGAUUGUCACCAUGUUGCAGUUGCUCUGGGGAAACCAGGAGAGUUCGGAGAGAAGCCUGCUGCGGUGCUUUCUUCUGCUGUGACCCAGGCUACAUUUACAACACUGACUUUUGAUGAUUUAGUUGCCUCUGCUGUGCCUCUUGCACCUGAAGAACCUGCCUGCUGGGAUAGCUUUUGUGCUAAGCAGGAAUCGCCAACCCGCCAGGGUUCCAAUCCAAGAUAAGAGAGGCUGCGUUUGCAAGGAGAGAAGCUGAAAGCACUCACAAAGGACACACACUGUUCCCCUUUCCAGUAGUUAAUUUGUAUGUUUGGUGGUCGUGGUGGUGGGAAUGCUAAAAUUGCCUUUUGUGUUCUAGUUUUUUUGCUGUUCUGUACGGAAUGAUUACAUUUUUCAUUGACCUUUUCCAGGAAGACUGGAUUCAGAAGAGGAAAAACUGUUGGGUUUUCUGCUCUCUGGCUGAGUUCAUAUUAUUAUCAGCUGCUGAAUCUUUGUAUUUCAUUUCUGCAGAUAUAACCGAGAGAGGGAAAGAAAGGAAUGGUGUUGGCUGACUUUAAGAAUAUUACAUCAAUCCUGAUUUAAAUGUAGUAUUUUCCUAUA